AUGAACAAUGCUUCCAGGUACUGCACCGCUGCGGGAGAGUCCCGCCCGGACAUGGAAGGGGGAACCUGUGUGUGCCGCCAGCAGGAUGUUCUUACGGCCGAAAAAAAGUCCAUCAUCUUGAAUCAGAUGUUUCCCCGAGCCAUCAAGCUGCAUAUGGAUCGUCUCCACGUUAAACCGGUGAGGGGACAAUUGGUUCUUCCAAAUUUUUCGGCUGGAACAUUAUGCGGUAAUUUUGAAAUACCCAGCUCCCACCACACGACGGGUGUGUCCGGCGCGGACAUGCUUUUGUACGCCGCUGCUGCCCCGAUUCGAGGUUCUACUUAUGCGUGGACAGUGGGGUGCUCCAAGAUGCCCGAUGGGCGUCCUGUGGUCGCGGUGAUAAAUAUUGGCCCGCAUUCAGUCACCGAUUCG